GCCUCCCGUCCUGCUGUACACGCCAUUGCGUUCCCGUUCUUGCGCGCUGUCAGGGCUCUUUCAGUCUCACUUUUCGAUUUCCGCCCUUUCAGGCACAAGGAUUCUCUUUUUUCUUGCCCCUGUCGCAGAGAGUUGAAUUGAUUCCUCCCCGCCCCCACCGUCGACGUUUGUUGAGAAACGCUGUGCUGAACGCCAAGGCACACACACAACACCCUGAGACGGGCCAUUCGGAUCAAAUUGAACCUCUCAGGACCACGAGUAUGGACUCUGUUCUGCGCCAGUCCAAGGCCAUGUGCCCCUUCAUGAGGAACGCCACCGCCGCGGGGCUCCGCGCCAUGUCGACGGCCACCCCGACUGCCGUCUCGCCCUGCGGCGGCACCAUGUCUAAGCUUCAGGUCCUCGCUCGCCGCUGUCCCGUCAUGGGAAAGGCCAUGGCUAUCCAGACGGCGCGCAUUGGACAGGCCACCGGUUUCGGCACCGUCGCUGCUAAGGCAAGCAUGUCGACUCUCUCUGGCCACGUGAAGACCGGCAAGGCGAAGCUGCACACCAGCCGCUCCCAGGAGGCCCAGGCUGUCGAAACCCCGGUUUUUAGCGGCCGCGAGAAGGCCCAGCUGCCUCCCCGCCUUCCGACCAAGCAGCAUGUUAGCGCCAGCCCUGCGACUGCCACGCGCUCCGGCGCUCCGGACUCGCACUCGGCCAAGUUCGACUAUGAAGGCUUCUACAACCGCGAGCUGGAGAAGAAACAUAAGGACAAGUCGUACCGCUACUUCAACAACAUCAAUCGUCUGGCCAAGGAGUUUCCCCGCGCUCAUAUGGCCAGCAAGGAAGAGAAGGUCACGGUCUGGUGCGCGAACGACUACCUGGGCAUGGGCCGGAACCCAUAUGUCCUAAAGGCGAUGCAUGAGACGCUUGACGAAUACGGUGCCGGCGCUGGUGGCACGCGCAAUAUCUCGGGCCAUAACAAGCACGCGGUGGAGCUGGAACAGACAAUUGCCAAGCUUCAUGCGAAGGAGGCGGCGUUGGUCUUCAGCUCGUGCUAUGUGGCCAACGACGCCACUCUGGCGACACUCGGCAGCAAGAUGCCCGACUGCGUCAUUUUGUCGGACAGCCUGAACCAUGCAUCCAUGAUCCAGGGUAUCCGCCACUCGGGCGCGAAGAAGAUUAUCUUCAAGCACAACGAUGUACAGGAUCUGGAGGGGAAGCUGGCGUCACUGCCGCUUCAUGUCCCCAAGAUCAUCGCUUUCGAGUCGGUCUACAGCAUGUGCGGAUCAAUUGGCCCUAUCGAGGAGAUUUGCGAUCUCGCCGAGAAGUACGGCGCCAUUACAUUCCUCGACGAGGUCCAUGCCGUCGGUAUGUACGGCCCGCAUGGCGCGGGCGUGGCAGAGCAUCUCGAUUAUGAGGCGCAUGCUGCCGGGCGACCCCGCGGCACCAUCAUGGACCGCAUUGACAUCAUCACUGGAACACUGGGCAAGGCCUAUGGUUGUGUGGGCGGCUACAUCGCCGGCAGCGCCAAACUGGUCGAUACGGUGCGCUCGCUAGCGCCAGGCUUCAUCUUCACCACGUCUUUGCCGCCUGCCGUGAUGGCUGGCGCCCGCACCGCCAUUGAAUACCAAAUGGAAUACCAGGGCGACCGCCGGCUGCAGCAGCUGCAUACGCGCGCGGUCAAGGAAGCGCUCCAGGAGCGCGACAUUCCCGUGAUCCCCAACCCGAGCCACAUCAUUCCCAUCCUGGUUGGCAACGCCGAAAUCGCCAAGCAAGCAAGCGACAAGCUUCUUCAGGACUACGGGAUCUAUGUGCAAAGCAUCAACUAUCCGACGGUUCCAGUGGGCCAGGAGCGCUUGCGCAUCACUCCCACGCCGGGUCACACCAAGAAAUACCGGGACGAAUUGGUCAACGCGAUCGAGAGCAUCUGGACCGAGUUGGGCAUUAAGCGCACCAGCGAAUGGGCCGCCGAGGGUGGCUUCAUUGGCGUCGGUGCACCGGAUGCCGCGCCCGACGAGCCGCUUUGGACGGACGAGCAGCUUGGCAUUGCCGAGGCGGCGCGCAUGCUGCUGCAGGCUGCUGAGGCCGAGCAGCAGCAGCAGCAGCAGCAGCAGCCGCCGCCCAAGGGUUCCUCUCCUGGCCCGCUGACGGGUGGACUGACGGAGAGACUCUUGGAGCGGGAGAUGAAGGGCUUGCAGCAGAGCGCUA